CCCCCCGCCGUCGCAGAGUGACGUCUGUCAACCGCCGCAUAACUCGAUCAACUUCGAAAUUAAAAAUAAUUAUUCAAUUUGUUAUAUGUAAAACUGGAAACGGCGCGGACGUGAAUAACCUGCCUACGCAAUAAUUAAAAAUGUUGCGAACGUUGUUAGACAAUUUUUGGACCCCGAAUGUUUGGUUACCGCCAAAUACGACGUGGGAUGAUAUCGCCCCUGGGCCACAUAAGGCGGUACGGUAUACGGACUAUCGUCACGUUUUCUUCCCGAUACCGUUAGCGUUUGUGUUCAUAACCCUGCGCUUCAUAUUACAGAGGACAGUGUACGCUCCGUUCGGCAGGCACUUAGGUAUAAAGGACACGAGGAAUAGGAAAGCACCGAAUAACCCUAAACUAGAAGCGGCAUACAGAGCCUCACCCAAAUUAAAACAGCCAUGUGGUCUCGCGAAGCAGUUGGAUAUGACGGAGCGUCAAGUGGAGCGUUGGUGGCGGCUGCGGCGGUCGCAGGACAAACCCUCAACACUAGUCAAGUUCUGCGAGAACCUAUGGAAGUUCACCUUCCAUUCCAGCAACUUUGUCUUCGGGCUGUGCAUACUUUGGGACAAGGUGUGGCUCUGGGACAUCGACCACGCAUACCUCGGAUACCCACAUCAGGGUGUGACAGAUGACGUGUGGUGGUACUACAUGAUCUCCGCGGCGUUCUACCUCUCCCUAACCAUCAGCCAGUUCUGGGAUGUCAGGCGUAAAGACUUUUGGCAGAUGUUCCUACACCACUUUGCCACUGUGGCUCUCAUCAGCUUCAGUUGGGUCUGCAACCUGCACAGGAUCGGCACUCUUGUUUUACUUCUGCAUGACGCAGGGGAUAUAUUCGUUGAGGCUGUGAAAGCAUCGAAAUAUGCUAAUUACCAGAAGACGUGUGAUACUCUGUUCCUGGGCCUCAUCAUCGUCUGGAUUGGCACCAGGAUCAUCAUCUUCCCCUAUCACCUUCUAUGGAGCACGUGGAUCCGAGCACCGAUGCUGUUACCAAUGUUCCCUGCUUACUACAUCUUCAACUCUCUGCUGCUGUUGCUUCUGCUGCUCCACAUCGUCUGGACAUACCUCAUCCUGCAGAUGGCAUACCGCACCCUGCAAGCCGGCAAGAUGGAGGGCGACAUCCGCAGCUCCAGCGACGUGAGCGACAGCCCCGCAGCCAACAACCACCACGACAACAACAUCGCCAACAACAAGAAGGACACAUAGAAUGUUCGAGAAUAAUUGGUCGUUCUAGAAGAAUGUCGAAGGCGUCAACUUGCGUUAUCUUCUGCGUGUCAAGAGAUUACUUCUUGAUUUCAAGAAGAUUUUAGUGUUAGUAUUUUACAUCACAUUUUUGUUAAAUGUCUUAGUUCGUGUGAUUUGUGUAUAUUGAAUAGUGAAAACUCUGUAUAACGUCACUCGAUGUAACGUCGAUCUUCUUAUAACGUCGAAAUUUCAGAUGUCUAGGCAUUCACAUCGCUUCUUUAGCGAAUUCAGGUGGACGAUUGUUUAUUUGCCACUUUAUGUAAUAAAAAAUGCUUGAACCUCCAUAUAACGCCGCAUACUCUAUUUAACGUCGAAAAUACAGCAGUUAGGCAGUAUUUUUUAAAAUUCAAGUUGCCUUUAUUUUUAGGAACAGAAUCAAGUUAUAGAAUACAAAAUAUAUAUUUAAAGACUUCUUUAUAACGUCACAAUUUAAAGUCCCGAGCGACGUUAUAUAGAGUUUACACUAAUAUCCGGGAAAUUUUGAAGUUGUUUUUUUAAGUUUAUAUUUUCUUGUCUCGAAUUAUACAAAUCGUUAUUUUCAUUUAGUUAUUUAUGUAUAGUUUGUGUUGUCUCGAAUGUAACUGGUUUGUUAAUGAAAAUUCGGCUUUACUACAAAUACAUAAGGCUUCGAAUAAAUUAGCCAAAGAUAGCAAUAGUGAAGAACAUUGUUGAAAAUUCGCUUGCAGAUAUAUGCUUAUUUUUUUAACUACUGUCAGAAAGUUACAGUACAGUUUUGUCAGAAGAAAUCCUAAAUUUCUCAGUAUUUAUAAAAAAUACGCAAAAUAACUUACAUAAAUUUUUAUAGUAAUUUUUUGCAUUAAAUCUUUUGACGUUUGAGAACGAUUUAUUUUAAUAUUGAAAUAUUUCGAUGGCUCCUAAGUAAACUAUCGUAUGUUUGAAACGAUAAUUUUGCAAGACAAGACUUUAUUAAUAAAAAUAAUUUUAUGCAACAUUCAUUAAGAUACGAUAGACAAACAAAAUCUACAUUUCUUAUACUAAUGUUACUUUUAAAUUUAUAUUGAAAUUAAAUAAAAUAAAACAAGGUGCAAUAUUGUAGCUUAUGACAGUUUACGUAGGAGCCGUUAUUUCGCAACGAUAUUCCUAUUUCCUACUGUAUUUAAGAUUUUUCCAUAAUAAUAAAAUGUAAUAAUUUUUAUAACUUGUUACCUGUAAUAAAAUCCGUUUACAUCUUUGUUAUAUUUAAAAGUGAAAUUUGCGGAUUUUUCGUAUUUUAUAACCUUUUUUUUAAAAAAAAACAUACGGGUAAGGAAAUAAAUUUUAUAUUUCACCUAUUUCAUGAUUGACAGAAUGUUUUCGUACUGAAUUUAAUAGAUUGCAACGCAAAUUUUAUAUGAAAAAUAGCUAAAAAUUAACUGUAGAUACAUAAUCUAUAGAUGAAGUCGUAGACCUUAAACCUAUAGAUAGAAAUGACUCCAUCCACAUCUAUAACGUGUUUUUAAAAUGACGUUUAAAAAAACGUUGAUAAAGCCAUGUUUAUAGAUGGAGUCAUAGAUUUAUAACCUAUAGAUAAUUAUAGAUCUAUUAUCUAUAGAUGGACAUACAAGUUUAACGUCUAAUUUUAAAUUGAUAUCACUGAGGGAAAUUUACCCCAAAAAUUGCCCCAAAGGUAUUUUCACCUCAGUUUUGUGGAUUACGUGUCUAUAGAAUAUAUAUCUAUGCUUAUAAAGAGUAUUGCAAUUAAAUAGAAUUUUAUUGAAAGGUUCGUUUGUUCGGUUCGUGUAUGGGGAGCUUUAUCUGCGAAAUAGACUUGAAUCUGUGUAUGUCUUGCUGUAAAUUACUAUCUUUUUCUAGAUUUUAAAUAAACAUCUGUCUAUCAACAAUAAGUAACAUUUUCUACAAUUUACUCUGAGUAUAUAACGCUGGGACCACGUGUAGUUGCAUUUGUUACCUAUUCUCAUGUACAUUUGUGAGGUUUCUACUGUAAAUGUGUACUUGUUCUCGUAAAUUAUUUGUAUACAGGAUGUUUGGAAACUGAAAAUAUAAUUGUCUUUUUUUAUAUAAAAAAAACUCGACACGAUCAUAUCCAUUAACAAUUUAUGCAUUUAUGAAUGGUUUUUUAUAUAUUUAUGUAUUAACUUAUUGACUACAAAACGUUAUCAUUUAAAAAAAUAUUAGCUCUUGGAAUAAGAAUUUUUAAACUGACCUAAAACAUUUUUUUAUUGAUUUACGUUGUUGAGAACAUCCUGUAUAUUUAUUAAAAAAAUGUAUGUAGUGAAAUUGUAACACCUGUGUACUUUUUAAAAAUAUUUUCAUAAUUCCGCAGUUUGUCUUAUAAAUGCUUUAACGUUACUAAGAGCGGUUUCUGAGAUGACUUUAUGGUAUAUAGGGUGUCCCUUUGAUAAGAUUGUUGAUGUCUUUAAAAUUUGUAUGAAAUAUUAAGCAUAUUUGUAUAUAUCUUAGACUUAAAUACUAUUUUUAACAUACUUUAUAAAGUGAUGGAUAAUUUCAGACGUUAGCUAGAUUUCGAUGCAUUUUAUAUCAUCUGAGGCACUACGGCCGCGGGAGGGCCUGGUCCAGUAAACUUCUCCAAUUCUGUCUAUUUUGGGCCUUUUGCUUCCAGCCCUUAACGCAGAUGCAUUUUAUAUGCCUAUAAUAAAUUAUUUUUAUGUAUAAACACUAUACUAAUAUUCCAUUAAUACUAUUUUCUGAAUCUUGUAGUUUUGUUACCUUUUUAUACUAUACUGUUUGGCGCCGAAACAAGAUGGCGGCGAACAUUUACUGGAAAUCUUGUUAUAUGACAAGAACUUUGUAAACGAACGUAAUUUUAUUUUUUACUCUAAAGGUAAAAUUCAAUUAUGUUAAGAACGAUUGUAGGAUCAAAAAUAAUACAUGAAUUUUAUUUAUAUUUAAAACAUCGUCAAACGGUACGAAAGAGAUAGCAAAUUUAAACUUAAACGAAAGAGGGAGACAGCUAGUGUUUGUCAGUACGGAAUUAAUAUGGACGUCAUAGAAUGUACAUAAUCACAAGAUGUACAAUCAGGGAAUAUGUCGGUGUUCCUUAUAAGCGAUAGUUUAAAAGAUUUGUACUCAUUGUAGCGUCGCGGCAACAACCAUUAGGACGUAUUUAAUGUGUCUACUAAAAAGGUUAAUGGCACACGAUUAAUUGUUUUUUUUAGAUUGAUUUCUUCUAAGGCGGAGAUUGUCUUGUUGCAAAAAACAAGGCAAUUUUUCUGUAAAUGGAACACCGCGUAUUUUCCCAACUGUACCAAUUGGCAGAUUGGCAUAAUUCCACAAUAUUUUUAUUUAUAGAUUAUUUCCUUUGCCAUAGUAUGUAAAUGUUACGUUUGUUUACAAAGUUUUUGUUUUGAUUUAUAAAUUAGAUAAGUUUUGUUUUAAUAAAUGUAAGUAAGGGAAGCUAGAACUAAAGUCAUAUGCAGAUUUCUUGCAUUUUGGCUUCGCUUUUGUUGUUGUAUAAAAUAUUUGAUGUGUCAAGAAUUUUCUAUUUUAUGUGAUGAGCAAAAUGUGAUUUUGUUCUCGUUGUUUUGCGGAAUGAGGCCAAAAUCAAUAAGUAAGAAUGUAACUUGGUUAUUUUUAAGUGGAACUUGAGGUAAUUUGUUACAAAACAUUUUAGUAAUAUAUCUUCCAUUUUGUUGACGUCAUAUUUUCAUAUUCCUAUUUCAAUUCCAUUAACGAAUUUCCAUUACAGUUUUAAGUUUGAAAUGCCGUAAUUUUAUAGCUCUUGUUAUAACUUUUUGGACUAUAAAUGUAUUGAAAUUCAUUAAAAGCCAGUAUGUUUCUCUAACUUUAUUAUUGAUAUUAUGUACGUUUUUUUACGUUUUUUCAACACCAUGGUGGUGUUCUUGUGAGUGCUUGAUAAAGGUUUGCCACAAUUUAUUUUAUUGUAAUUUCAAUAUGAACAAGUUUUAGUGCUAGUGCUAUUUUUGUUAUAGAACUCGCAAAGCUGUAAUUUUUCUUUAAAGUUGAACAUUUUACUUGUAAGUAUGUACUGUGGUCAGAUUCGUUUGGUUUAAUUUAUUGUUGUGGUAACAUUGUGAGGCACUGUGUUCUCAGAGAGAGUCAUAGCAUAAUUUUAUGAUAUUAAGAUACGUGAAGAAAGAGUAUUUAUCCAAUCACGUUUGUAGCUUAAACAAAGAUACAUUUAAUCUAUUUGUGUACAAAUUAUAUUGUCGUGUGCGACGCCCUCUGUGUGCUGAAUGGGAAAAUAAAACCACGAAUUUAAUUACAAA